AUGGCCGGCCACCACCCGCGUCAAACAACAUGGGUGCCGCUGGCUCCGAAUGGGAAUAUUAACCCGAGACCUGUCGAGGAAGCAUCUAAACGAAAGCAGCCCAAGAGUCGCAACGGCUGCAUCUCCUGCAAGGCCCGAAGGAGGAAAUGCGACGAGACAAAACCUUUUUGCGAACAAUGCACUCGACGAGGACUGACAUGUGGCGGGUAUCCCAAGUUUCUGAAAUGGAGGGAAUUUGGAAGGAAACUCGCCAAAGAUCAGCCCAGGUCACUUACUGCAUAUUCGAAAAUCAACGUUCAAUCGCCAACGAAGAAGCAGGCUCAACAGACCAGUAGCCCGCAGGAAGAUGAUGCUUCGACAAAGUCGCAAGGAACAGCCUCGACUUCUUUUACGGGCCACCCUUCAGCGUCAGCACCAACAUCGACAUCUUCUCUUUCAAAAUAUCUCGGAUCGACAGCACUGUCUUAUGGCCCUUCUCAACCAGGCGACGUCGAUCUAGAGGUUUUGAACGCGAACGAUAUCGAUGGGCAUGGUACUUCGGGAACUCAGCAAUCAAAUAUUGACGACGCCUUCUUUCCCACCUCUCGAUUGUCCGAUGAGUCCACAUCACACUCAGAGAACCUCGAAUUCGCCCCAGAUGUUUCGGUGUGGGACUUUUUCAGCCACGAAUCACUGUUUGAUUCUUUCAUGGAUGAUGAUAUCACUGACACGACCUCCCAAAUUCCGGAACUGGAUCGAGCUCUCGAUACCACUUUCGAUUCACUCGUGCACUACCCUGAAGUUCCUAUCAGCACGAUACAAUCUGAAGUCACGUUUCUCGAGGAUGACACCCCUGAGUCCACCGAGGCUUCCGCAGAAACCAUCAAACAUAUCUUCGAACAACAGACGUGCGAGAUGCUUUCCAUCAGGGAAGACCAGAGCAGGAAUCCGUGGAGGACGCUGAUCUGGCCGCUGGCGUCUGAUUAUCCCGCGCUCCAGUAUGCACUUGCCGCCAUGACUUGCCUGCACAUGUGCAAAUCUCAGCCUCAGCAUCGACUGCCAGGACUUCGACACUUUCAAGCAAGCAUCCGAGCACUCGCCAAGGACGUCUCCUGUCUCAGCGCACCGUUGAUGGCUACGAUUGCUACAAGACUCGCUCUUGGCUUUGCCGCCGGCUGGGACUACGAGAACUCGUCGACAGGCAUUGACCAUAUCAACGAGGCUAAAGCCCUCAUCAGAAAGGCCGCCGCUGAUCAUCGAAAAGAGCCUCUGUCCGGCGGCGACUUGAGUCGGCUGAGCUUCCUUGCAAACACGUGUUUGUAUAUGGACGUGAUUGCACGACUGACGUGCGAGAUUUCAAAGACGACCAACGACAUCGACUUCAUGAUUGCCUGUAGGUCUCUCAGCAGCCACAUUCCAUCCAGACAGCAGAUCGACCCACUUAUGGGCUGUGCCAUCACCUUGUUCCCCAUGAUCGGCCGGCUAGACGAGCUCGUGGGCAAAGUUCGCAAGAGGUGUGCAAACAGAAACUCGCCGGCCAUAAUCUCACAGGCGGUCGAGCUACGAACGGACAUCGAGCAGUGGACUCCGUCGAUAGAACUAGAAGGUAGUGGUGCUUCAGAGUUGACUCACCCCAUCCUCUCGGAUGCGAUCCAGACCGCCGAAGCGUAUCGGUGGGCUGCGCUUUUGUUGCUGAGACAGGCUGUUCCCGAGCUACCGUGGAGACACUCGUGUUGGGAACUGGCGUCGAAAACGCUCAUCUUCAUCGCCACCGUCCCUCUAAGGUCUCCGACGACGAUCGUGCAGCACUUCCCGCUCAUCGCGGCCGGGUGUGAAGCCACCGACGAAGACGACAGGGACUGGGUCCGCGAACGGUGGGAAUUGAUGAGUAAGAAGAUGAUCACGGGGAUAGUGGAUCGGUGUAAAGAUAUCACCAUGGAGGUGUGGAGACGCAGAGACGACUUUGAAGAGCUCAAUGAUUUCGUGACGCGGAAGACGACGACGACAGGUCGAAGAUCAUCAUCGUCCACGACACCACCGCCGCCGCUGCCAGCUUCGGGUGUGAAUGUGUCGGUGGUCGACUUUGACACAUCAUCAUCAUCAGCAGCAGCAGAACAGCAGGUUCAACGGCCGAACGAGACCGAUCUUCAGCACCAGAGACCCGGCGCACAAUCACCCGCCGCAGCAUCCGAUUUCCCAGACACCGCAGCCUUUAAAAAGGGAGUGGAUCCCGUCACGAGGGCCGGGUUCAUGAACUAUACUGUGAAAGGGGAUUUACAUUGGUUGGGAGUGAUGAAAGACUGGAAUCUGGAAGGUAAAUGA